UCUUUCCAACCGGUGGAAAAGAGUCGUGGAAUCCUCAAGGCAUGCCGGGAAAAAUAAGGAGGAGCUAUGUCCUGGGCGCCGCCAUCUUGCUGUACGUCGUAUGCGCUAAGCACGCCGGGACGGACCGAGCCUGUUUUGAAGUUACUGUCGGCGGGAAACGUAGUGAGAGCGGAGGGUAGUACGUCGCAUUCGGCUGGCCGGGAAGCUAUACCCGAUCGAGACGACCUCGGCGCUGCUGGAUCAGCCUGAGAGGCGGCCUGUAGGGGAAAACAGACCUGGGCGUGUGGAGUCGCGAAGAUCUAGCUUCAAAACCUAUUUACCGACUCUUGUUCCCUUUGCGAAUCCUAGGGCUCCGAUUACUCCAAUUUCACCACUGGGGAAACCGAGGUUCAAAGAAAUUACGUGAUUUGCGCCGGUGUCACGAAGCCAGUAAACGCCCAGAGGUGGGAUUCGAUCUCUGGUGCUUAAGACUUCAAGCCCAGCCCUCCAUCCCUUACACCCCCACUGCCUCCCCAGAGUUUGGGCUCCACAAUCUGGCGUUCCAUCCCCUCGUCACCCUUCUGCCUCUCACCAGGUCGUGAAAGGACUCCGGGGAACGUUCACCAUCAUCUACUCUAGGCAUCUCCAAAACGAACCAACCAGCCUUUGGGAUUCGGAGAGCUGAUGGCAGCUUCCCAGAAACAUGUCUUUUCACUCACAGGUGUUUUAUACCAGCUAGAAAGACUGGAGGCUGAUCAUCAGAGAUCAGCUAGGCAACAAGGCAGGCAGCAGGAGGAGGAAACCAACUUGGAAGAGAAGAUCCUUAAGCUAAGAAAACUUCGGGAUGAGCUGAAGACUAAAGUGAAGCUACAGGAAGCCAGUGCCAGAAUACCCAUCACUAACCUAGAACCCUACGAAUCAUUGAAGAACAGUGAGGAAAAUCUGGAAAUGAAGUUGGAAAAAGCUAAAGCUUUCUUUCAGGCAUUCCAUUUAACAGGGCUGAGUGGCAAGCUGACCACAAAAGGGGUCUGUCUCUGCUUCAACACUGCUUUUGAGGGAAACAUCUUAGAUUCCUAUUACGUGGAUCUUAUCAUCAAGAAACCAAUCACAAUACAUCGACAUUCAGUUCCAGUCUUCAUCCCCCUGGAACAGAUUGCUGCAAAGUACUUGGAGACUAAUUUUCAACACUUUGUGUAUAGUCUCAGCGAACACCUAAAUGCGUAUUCUGGAAGAAAAUACCAGGCAGACCAACUUCAGUGUGGCUUUUCAGCUUUCCUGGCCAAGCCCUUGCAGAGAAAUUCCCUGUGCACUUUGCUGUCAUUCACGUAUACCAUGGACCCCAGUGGAGAAUCCUUCCCUUUCUGUGCCAGGCUUGUGUACGAGGACCUCACAACAGCUCUUCCCACCAAGGUCACCAUUGCAUACCAAGGGACGGGAGAAACACCUGCUUCCUGGGAGGACCAGCGAGCGGUCCAUGAGACUUUAUUCUAUAAAAAUGCCCUUCAUAAGGUGUUUGAGUCUUUUUUGAAAGUAAGAGAGAACUUCGAUUGUAUACACAGUGUACCCGGAAACAGAUGAACCCAUUCCUUGGAAAACACAUCAGGAAUGAGCCGGAGCAUGAUAUUACACACAGCCCUUUGGAACUAACCACUAUUUGAUGGACUCAGGCUCAAACUCCACCUUUUUCCCUGCUCAGAUUUUCCUGUGCACAUGAAUGGCCAUCCCCACCUUUUCUUGUGGCAUAUAGGGGACAAGUCUAUGAGCCUUUAGAUGUUGACCUUUGAGGUUAAGCUGCAGUGACUGGUUAGUGUUUGGACCAUUACCAUCCUCUUACACAGAAUGGUUUGCUGAAUGCUUUGGGGGCCUGAUGAUAUUUGCUUUAUAUCAGCAAAUGAAACAAUACAUCGAAGAGUAUCCUGGUAGAGAAAGAGGAGAUGGCAACAUUUCAUUGAGCCAAGGACUGAUGGAGUAACUAAUGGAAGCUUUGAUUGGCAGUAUCUCAUUUUCUUAUGAAGAUGAACGAAAUGGCUUUUGAAAAUGAAAUUUUGAGAUGAUAAAAGUACAUGUGUAUGUAUGUGUAUAUUAGUCCAUAGCAUAAACCAAUGUAGCCUAA